CAAAAUCUUUUCUGAAAGAUCACAAAAGCCAGAGGGUUUCUUUUCCCGAACUGUGGAGGUUUUUAUUCCUAUUUUCUCUGUCUUCUGACAGCAUUGGAAUAACUGGCAACCUGUUUGGAGUCCAGGACCCUGGAAUACAAUGGCAGUUAACCUGAGUAAGAAUGGAUCAGCUCUGAUGGCCGCUUAUAAAAAGGUGGUGGAUGCUACGUCAGACACAGACUGGGCUCUGUUUACCUAUGAAGGCAACAGUAAUGACCUUCGACUGGCAGAGACAGGAGGUGGGGGGUUGGAGGAGUUGGUGGAGGAGCUGAACAGUGGGAAGGUCAUGUAUGCCUUCUGUCGAGUCCCAGACCCGAAUUCUGGCCUACCAAAAUAUGUUCUUAUAAACUGGACUGGUGAAGGUGUGAGGGACUCUCGUAAAGGAAUGUGUGCCAACCAUCUGAGCUCCAUAGCAAACUUUUUGAGGGGAGCCCACGUGACUAUAAACGCCCGUACAGAGGAGGAUGUGGAGCCAGAAACCAUUCUAACCAAAGUGGCCAAAGCAUCUGGAGCCAACUAUAAUUUCCACAAACAGCAAAAUUACACAGAUGCACCCAGAGGACCAGUGGGUUCUGUGUACAAAAAAGUCAAUGCUAUGCAAGAGAUCCAACAAACCGACAAGGAUAACUUCUGGGACAAGGCUCAGAGGGAUGAAGAGGUACGUCUAAAGGAGGAGAGCAGGAGAGUGGAGCAGGAGAGGCAGAAGCUGGAGAAGGAGAGGAGGGAGUUGGAUGAGAAACAGGCGAAUGAGAGGGAGAGGAGAGCAAAGGAGAAAGCUCAGCUAAUCGAACAAGACAAGGCACUUCAGAAAAAAAGGGAUGAAGAGGAAAGAGAAAAGGAGCAACAACAACAACAACUGCAGGAAAAUGUGAGGAAGGUAACAGGAAUCAACGCUGCAGCAGCUAAUGGUUCUGUGUACAAAAAAGUCAAUGCUAUGCAGGAGAUCCAACAAACCGACAAGGAUAACUUCUGGGACAAGGCUCAGAGGGAUGAAGAGGUACGUCUAAAGGAGGAGAGCAGGAGAGUGGAGCAGGAGAGGCAGAAGCUGGAGAAGGAGAGGAGGGAGUUGGAUGAGAAACAGGCGAAUGAGAGGGAGAGGAGAGCAAAGGAGAAAGCUCAGCUAAUCGAACAAGACAAGGCACUUCAGAAAAAAAGGGAUGAAGAGGAAAGAGAAAAGGAGCAACAACAACAACAACUGAAUCAGCAGGAAAAUGCAAGGAAGGUAACAGGAAUCAACGCUGCAGCAUCUGUGCAGAAAGCUAAUGAAGCAAGGUCACUGAUUUCUCAGAGAGCAUUCAAUCCCAGAGACAUAUUCAAGCAGAAGGAGCAGAGCUUUGAGGCCAAUAACUUACCAUCUCCUGCAUCUCGAAAUGGGAAGCUGCACUGCUCCUUGCUGUCCCAGAUAUCUUUUGAGACUGAAGCUCCAAGGAAGCCUCAGAGCCCACCAUCAGUGUUCCAGUCCCCUUCGCUGAACCCCUUUUCUCCAGUUGCACCUAAACUGUCUGCAUUUCCUGCUGCAGCUGUCUCCCCCACACCCCGAGAGACCACAGGUUCACCUGAAGGGGCUGCAGAGGAUGAUUUUAAUGAGGAGGCGGAAUGGUCGGAUGAGUUUGAUGAUGACGCAGAUGAAAAUACUCCAGUGGAAAGUCCAAUUCAGCAUGAUCUGUAUGUGGCCCCAGAUUCACUUGAGACCACUGAGAAUCUGUAUGAAAAUAUUUACCAGGAGGCUCAGGAAUAUGAUCCAGGUAACAGUGGACAUCUGUACAGAGCCAAAGCUCUCUAUGACUACCAGGCUGCUGAUGAUACUGAGAUCACCUUUGACCCUGAUGACAUUAUAACAGAGAUAGAAAUGCUGGACGAAGGCUGGUGGAGAGGUUAUGGACCUGAUGGACAUUACGGCUUGUUCCCUGCCAACUACGUGGAGAUCAUCUCUGACUAAAUGUAACCUGGCAGCUCUGAUAUGAAUAUGGAAUUAGUCUUUUUCAUGUUAUCGUUUGUCUCUGUUUACUAAAACACUUGGAAAAUAAAUGAAAUGUUGCCAGUUGU